GGUCAACUUUCCUGGUUGCCAGGCAACCGAGGUAAACAUUAGGAAGUGGCGGGAUCAUGGCCACCAACUACAGCGCCAACCAGUAUGAAAAGGCGUACUCACCCAAGUAUCUGCAGAACUGGUCUCCUGCCAAGCCAACAAAAGAGAGAAUUGCAUCCAAAGAAGGCUACACUCAGAUUAUUGCCAAUGACCGUGGCCACCUGCUACCUUCAGUGCCCCGCUCCAAGGCAAGUCCUUGGGGUUCCUUCAUGAACACCUGGCAAAUGCCUCUGAGGGUCCCCCCUGCUAGGGUGAACCUGACGGCCCGUUCAGCUGCUGGCACUGCCUCCCUCACCAAGUGGAUAGAGAAGAAUCCAGACUUACUCAAGGCCUCCAAUGGGCUGCGUCCUGAAAUCUUUGGGAAGCAGCCAGGUCACCCAGGAAACAGGAAGGAACUCAAGGAGACUGUUACAAAGAAGGUGCAGCAAGCACCAAGUCCAACCAUAAUUCCGAGUUCCCCAGCUAUCAACCUCAACUCCCCAGAUAAGUGCCAGAGCCCACACCCCUCCGCAGGUCACACUCCUGGCCCCUCGCCCCUGUCAGGCUCUUUUGAGAGCAAAACUGAAAGCCUAUGUGACCUCGAACACAGGGCAAGUCCAAACCUAGCUGAGGCCCAGAGCUGCAAAACUGACUCUCCAGAAGGGAGCAACAACCUUGCUGAGAUUCUGUGUGUAGACAGUGAUUGAAAACCAGACCAGUCAAGAAUGAGGAAGGGAGGAAGAAACGGGUUGGGAACAAAAGGCAAAGUUGGGAAAUAAAUGUCUUUUGUUGA